AUGGCUAACCGGGGCUACGACGUGGUUGUAGAUGUGGACGCCGAGGGCGACCUCGGCCAUACUGACCUUCAGGAGGACCUUGAAUUCCACCCUUCGAACUUCGAGAACGACCAGCGCAGCGCAAAAGCACAUCAAGAUUCUGCUCCUUUCCUCGGUGGAGGUGGAGGGCCCUCCCGCGGUCGUGACAGGUCGCCAGGCGGAACGCCCACCAAGCACACGUGGUGGUCUAUCCACUACUACUCCCAAUUCUUCGACGUCGACACGAAUGAAGUGCUCCGCAGAUGCGUCGCGGCGGUAUACCCGCGUAGCAACUUCCUCGACGUUCUCGAAGGCAACGCCGACCUGUACGGCCCGUUCUGGAUUGCGUCGACCGUGGUGGUGAUCCUUUUCCUGACGGGAACCAUCUCGCAAUGGCUCGCGAGCAACGACGAUGAUCACUUCGAGUACGACUUCACCCUUCUCUCCGGCGCCGCGGGCUUGGUCUACGGAUACACGUUUGUUCUGCCCAUUGCUCUGUGGGGUGCCCUGAAGUGGUUCGGGAGCUCCACCGCGGACCUGAUCGAGUGCUGGGCGCUGUAUGGGUACUCGAAUGUGAUUUGGAUCGCUGUCGCGCUGAUCAGCUGGAGCCCUCUGACGGCGCUCAACUGGGCGUUGGUGGGAGUGGGCUUUGGCUGGACUGUCUUCUUCCUCCUGCGCAACCUGUACCCGGUCCUCAGUGCCACGGACGCGAAAGCGAGCAAGAUCCUCCUGAUCCUGGUCAUUUUGCUGCAUGCGGGUUUCGCUAUUGCCAUUAAGAUCUUGUUCUUCGCCCACGGAAGCCCCGUGUCCAAGAAGAACAAGGACAAGGACCACGACGACGAUGAUGACGACGACGAUCACAAGCGACGGAUGAUGGGCAUGUAA